CCAACCGUCAAACCACUACCCUCCCUCUUCUUCGCCUCCGACCUUUCAUUGCUGGCAUUGACUUGUCUAGCACUGACCGACUGAAGACCCAAGUCUUUUGUUCCGCCAAACCCCGCCAAUUGAGUCUCUUCUUGAUUCCAACCUCUUUCGCCCAACUACGUUACUUUCUCGAAGUUUCGCUUCGCUUUGUCCGACUCCCCUUCUUACAUUGGGACUCUUUGUCGCGACAAGUGGUUAUUUUGGUCCCAGAGUAUUGGACGGAUUUUCUUUCUCGACUUGUGGGAUACGCAAUCGAGAGGCAUAAACUUUCUGAAGUACUUUUGUUGGUGGUUUUAUUUGAACCGUUGAAGUCAAGAUGGCAGCUCCUACGCAGCUUGCUUACCGCACGCUCAAGGGCAUUGGUAUCAUGGAUGCCGCCCCUGUUUAUGAGCCUCUGCCCGGGUUUGUGAGACCUGAGGGCAACCUCCGCUGUAGCGCCUACUCGCCGUGUGGCCGGUACUACGCAUGGGCAUCGCCCGAGAAGGUCUCCAUUGUCGACGCCUCCGUUGGUCACAUCGUCGGAACCAUCGCCGCCGAGAACGUGUUCGAGCUGGGCUUCUCGCCGCUCGGUACCUACGUGAUCACCUGGCAGCGCACGUCCAAGGACGAGAACGGAGACGCCGUGAAGAACCUGAAGGUGUGGCGUGCCAUUGAGAACGGAGAUGAGCAUGCGGUCGUGGGCAGUUUUGUGCAAAAGUCGCAGACUGGAUGGAACUUGCAGUACACCGCCGAUGAGAAACUCUGCGCCCGCACUGUGACCAACGAGGUCCAGUUCUACCAGAGCGAGAAUUUGUCAACUGUCUGGAACAAGCUGCGCGUGGAGGGUGUGACGGACUUUGCACUCUCGCCGGGUCAGACCCAGUCGAUUGCGGUGUUCAUUCCCGAGCGCAAGGGUCAACCCGCCGCGGUCAAGGUGUUCAUUGUGCCGCAGUUCGGUGCCCCUGUGUCCCAGAAGAACUUCUUCAAAGGUGACAAGGUCCAAUUGAAGUGGAACUCUUCUGGAACCACCCUGAUCGUGCUCGCACAGACUGAGGUCGACCGCACUGGCAAGAGUUAUUAUGGCGAGACAACUCUGUACUUGCUCAGCGCUAGCGGUGCAUUCGACUCGCGUAUUGAUCUUGAUAAGGAGGGUCCUAUUCACGAUGUCAGCUGGAACCCCAACUCGAAGGAAUUCGGUGUUGUGUACGGUUACAUGCCUGCUAAGACCACUAUCUUCAACAUGCGCGGUGUGGCCACCCACAACUUCCCCCUCGCACCCCGCAACACCAUCCAGUUCUCGCCGCAUGGCCGUUUCGUUCUGGUUGCCGGUUUCGGUAACUUGGCAGGACAAAUGGAUCUCUAUGAUAUGAACAAGAACUACCACAAGAUUACCACCGUCGAGGCCUCCAACGCCAGUGUUUGCGCCUGGUCCCCCGACGGACAAUACAUUCUGACCGCGACGACAAGCCCUCGUCUGCGCGUCGACAACGGCGUGCGUAUCUGGCACGUCAGCGGUGGCCUUAUGUACAACGAAGAUAUGACGGAGCUGUACGAUGUCACCUGGCGGCCACAGAGCAUCUCCCAGCACCCGCUGGGCGACCCCCUCACCAAGCUCCCUGUUCCCCACUCCUCUGCCACUGCCUACAUGGGCACCCGCAAGGCCCCAGUCAAGCCUGCUGGCGCCUACCGUCCCCCCGGUGCCCGCGGCCAGCUGACCCCUCUCGCCUUCAAGCGUGAAGACGAGGGUGGUGCUGCCUUUGUCCGCGAUGGCGUUCCCGGCGCCAGCAUGAACGGCUUCGGCAAGCCUCGCCGCCGUGAGGUUCCCGGUGCCGAGCCCGCCGAGGAAUACCUUCCUCCUGGAGCCGCACCGGGUGGCGGUGUUGCUCUGCCCACCGAGAACUUGUCCAAGUCUGCCGCCAAGAACAAGAAGAAGCGCGAAGCUGCCAAGAAGGCCAAGGAGGAGGGAACCGAUAACGCUCCCCCUGCCAACGCCCCAACUGGCCCUAGCCCAGACCGCAACCGCAACCGUGCCGGCAAGAACGGUGUCGUUAACGGUAACGGUGCUGCCAAGUCUACUCCUCCCCCUGCUGCCGCUCCUCCUGCCCCUGCUGAGGAUCCUUCCGCCCAGGAUAAGAAGAUCCGUGGUCUGUUGAAGAAGAUACGGGCUAUCGACGAGCUUAAGAUGCGCCUUGCUGGCGGCGAAAAGCUCGAAGAUACACAGAUGAAGAAGAUCCAGACCGAGGAUGCGGUCCGGAAGGAUCUCGAGGCUGUUGGAUACAAUGGUUGAAGUUGAAGCCGAAGGUGUAGUUGCAUUGAUGUUGAAGAUGUAGAGGGAUGAUGCGAUGGAUGAUGACGCAAAUGGCACCUGCAUAGCUGGCCAUGGAUAUACUUAGAUCGAUCUGCAUGUAUGCAUCCACUAUAGGAGCUGUUCAAAUUGACAUCAAUACCAUUAUCGAUAUCUCA